AUGCGCGGCGAUUCCGGGUGACGUCACGGCCGGGGGCGUGACGUGCGGCGGCCGCGGCUGGUGGCCUGGGUCUCUCUUCUCAGUCUUCCUCCUCCUCCCUCUCCUGUUUCCCCCUCGGUGGCCCCGCCCCCCUCUCCAACUACGGGUCGCGGUUGGGGGCGGCCGGGUCGCUCUCGCCGCCCCCCUCCCCCUCCUCCGACUCUUCCCCCUCCUUCUCCGCGCGCUCCAAGAUGGCGGCGGUGAGCAGCGACGGAGACGCCGAGGGGGCCUCGCUCUUCAACGGGGACAUGGAGGCUGAGCUGCCGCCGCUGCCGCCACUACCACCGCUGCCGCCGCUCCCGCCUCUGCCCCCGCUGCCGCCCCUACCGCCGCUCCCGCCUCUGCCAGAGGGCUUCUCAGGAGAGGGAAGCGCCGCAGGGGGAGACCCGGCCGUGCCGGAGGAGGUAUGGAACAUCAAACAGAUGAUUAAAUUAACGCAGGAACACAUAGAGGCCCUACUGGAUAGGUUUGGAGGAGAACACAAUCCACCAUCCAUUUAUUUGGAGGCCUAUGAAGAAUACACCAGCAAACUAGAUGCACUACAGCAGAGGGAACAGCUGUUAUUGGAAUCCAUGGGGAAUGGAACCGAUAUCUCUGUCUCCAGUUCUGCUUCAACAGAAACUGUUGCAUCAUCAUCAUCAUCUAGUCUCUCUGUAGCACCUUCAUCUCUCUCAGUUUAUCAGAACCCUACAGAUUUGUCAAGGAAUAAUCCUAAAUCUCCACAGAAGCCUACUGUUAGAGUCUUCCUACCCAACAAACAGAGGACAGUGGUUCCAGCAAGAUGUGGGGUAACGGUCCGGGAGAGUUUAAAGAAAGCACUGAUGAUGCGAGGCCUAAUUCCAGAGUGCUGUGCUGUUUACCGAAUACAGGAUGGAGAGAAGAAACCAAUUGGAUGGGACACAGACAUUUCCUGGCUGACAGGAGAAGAAUUACAUGUGGAAGUUUUGGAGAAUGUGCCUCUUACAACACACAACUUUGUGAGAAAAACCUUCUUCACUUUAGCAUUCUGUGACUUCUGUCGAAAGCUGCUUUUUCAGGGAUUCCGUUGUCAGACUUGUGGAUAUAAAUUUCACCAGCGAUGUAGUACGGAGGUCCCACUGAUGUGUGUGAAUUAUGACCAGCUUGAUUUGCUGUUUGUCUCCAAGUUCUUUGAACACCGUCCAAUAUCACAGGAGGCAGCCUCCCUAGGAGAGUCCACCGCUUCAUGUGGAUCAUAUUCUUCAGUGGUCCCCUCAGAUUUGUCUGGGUCAACAGUUCUCCCUAGUCCUUCUCCUUCAAAAUCCAUUCCAAUACCCCAGCCUUUUCGACAAGGAGAUGAAGACCAUCGGAAUCAGUUUGGUCAACGAGACCGAUCUUCAUCUGCACCCAAUGUGCACAUCAAUACAAUAGAACCGGUCAACAUUGAUGACUUGAUUAGAGAUCAAGGGUUGCGAGGAGAGGGAGCCCCUAUGAACCAGCUGAUGCGCUGCCUUCGGAAAUACCAAUCCCGGACUCCCAGUCCCCUCCUCCAUUCUGUCCCCAGUGAGAUAGUGUUUGAUUUUGAGCCUGGCCCAGUGUUCAGAGGCUCAACCACGGGUUUGUCUGCUACACCACCUGCAUCUUUACCUGGCUCCCUCACCAAAGCAUUACAGAAAUCCCCUGGGCCUCAGCGAGAGAGGAAGUCCUCCUCAUCGUCGGACGAUAGGACCAGAAUGAAAACGCUUGGUCGGCGAGACUCAAGUGAUGACUGGGAGAUACCAGAUGGCCAGAUCACAGUUGGACAAAGGAUAGGAUCUGGAUCAUUUGGAACAGUCUUUAAGGGAAAAUGGCAUGGUGAUGUUGCAGUGAAGAUGUUGAAUGUUACAGCCCCUACCCCUCAACAGCUGCAGGCCUUUAAAAAUGAAGUAGGUGUACUCAGGAAAACACGACAUGUUAAUAUAUUACUUUUCAUGGGUUAUUCAACAAAGCCACAGUUAGCUAUAGUUACGCAGUGGUGUGAAGGCUCCAGUCUUUACCACCAUCUACACAUCAUAGAAACGAAAUUUGAGAUGAUCAAGCUGAUCGAUGUUGCACGGCAGACAGCACAAGGAAUGGAUUAUUUGCAUGCCAAGUCCAUCAUCCACCGAGACCUCAAGAGUAAUAAUAUAUUUCUUCACGAAGACCUCACAGUAAAAAUAGGUGACUUUGGUCUGGCAACAGUGAAAUCACGAUGGAGCGGGUCCCAUCAAUUUGAACAGUUGUCUGGAUCAAUUCUCUGGAUGGCACCAGAAGUAAUUAGGAUGCAAGAUAAAAACCCCUACAGCUUCCAAUCAGACGUCUAUGCAUUUGGGAUUGUUCUUUAUGAGCUGAUGACUGGGCAAUUACCAUAUUCUAACAUCAACAAUAGAGACCAGAUAAUUUUUAUGGUAGGGCGAGGCUACCUCUCUCCAGAUCUCAGCAAAGUAAGAAGUAAUUGUCCCAAAGCAAUGAAACGGCUAAUGGCAGAAUGCUUGAAAAAGAAGAGGGAUGAACGACCCCUCUUCCCACAGCUUCUUGCCUCUAUUGAGCUUCUGGCCCGGUCGUUGCCAAAAAUUCACCGCAGUGCAUCUGAGCCCUCCUUGAACCGGGCUGGUUUCCAGACAGAGGAUUUUAGCCUAUAUGCUUGCGCUUCUCCAAAAACACCCAUCCAGGCAGGGGGAUACGGCGAAUUUGCAGCGUUCAAGUAGCCACAGCAACAUUGGCAGCAAAUCCACCCUAUUAUUUUUAAAACCUUUGUCUUUCGAUAACUUCCAGACUCUGUUCUGUCCCUUCCAAACAAAGCAAUUUAUUGAAACGAAACCCGUAGACUUAAGAGCAGAGCAGAAUGCAGACCAAUCAACCCAUCUUUUGGUGGGAGGGGAAAGUCCUUUGUUGGGAACCGGAAAUCUUUUCUGCUGCCUCUGUGUUGACCUCCACCCUAAACACCAUGUGCAUUUGGAGAUCCUCUCCCCAGUGGCUGCCUGUACCGUUGGCAUCAUUCCCAGGAGAGCAGAGGGCCUGCACUUUGACUUUCUGGUGCUCUGGCAUGAUGAGAUUGGACCUUCUGCGUCAUUGGCUUGGGAUGGUCUGCUGGUUGGCUUUCUCCCUCUAACAAGGAAUCAUCAGAGGCUGAACAUCUGAUGAGACAGAGCUAAUCAACACAAUCAUCCUCUGGUUUGAUUUGAUUGAUUGAGACGUUUGUGUGUGCGUGUGUGUGUUUCUGAUGGGCUUUUUCUGAUCAGUGGGAUAAAUGCAGUAUCUCCUUUUCAACCAAAUGUGAUUGUUAGCUUUUUCAUUUUGAAAAAUAGAAACAAACUGCCAAAUUGGAGGAUAAAUGGGAAGUUAGGGGAAAGACUAAUAGGCCAGAAAAGGAGAUGCUGCACAAUCUCUUCCCCAGAAUUGCUUUUACCUAUUGAGAAUCACUCUUUUCCUCAUCUUUAAUUUUUGUUUUUUACUCCUUUUGAAGAGAGUUGAGAAGCUCUUUUCAUCAGUCCCAAAACAUUUUUUUUACAAAAUUGUAGCAGAAUUCUAAAUGUGUGGGUUUUCUUUUUCAUUUUGUGUUGAUACCAUUUUGAUUCUGUGUAUUUUAUGUGUGAACUUUUUGGGGAUACCCAGAAAGUCUAAUGCAGACUAUGAAUAACAAGUGUACCUAUUUUACAAGGUGCAAGAUAAUGUCAGGUACAUAAUAUUUCAUAAACAGAAGUUCUCAGGUUGAAUUGAAUUUGUUUAAACAAACAAAGCCCAAGCUGCAAAGCCCAAGCUGCAAAGCCCAAGCUGCAAGCCCCUCCAAGGAUUAGACAUUCCAAAAAGUGUGCUUAGAUACUUUUUUAAAAAGAGCUUUUAAUCAUGUUAACUUGGCUCCGUAGGCGUGCGUGUGCAUGUGUUAAUAUGCAGUAACUUGUCUUAAGUGGCAGUUUGCUGGUUUGGGAAUUUUGCUAUUGAAAUGUUACUUAACAGGAUCAACACUUGUUUCUUCUGUUGCCAUUUUCCUAUCCUCAGAUUUUCCAUAUACCUUCUUUUCUUUCCCUGUGUUUUGUAUUUUUGGCUUAAAGGUUAUGGUGAUCGCAUUUUGCUUUCUCUUUUUGCCUUGUCCUUAAUCCUAAUUUGCAAAAUGAUUCCCAGUUCUGAUUUUUCUCCAGUCAGAGCUAAGAAAACCUCGUAACACUAAGCUAUAUAUGUAGGCUAACAGAAUUAUCAGAUGUAGGCUAACAGAAUUAUCAAAUGCACUGAUUAACAUAGCACGAAUUUGCUCCCAGUUUGUUGGCAAAUUGGAUGCUAGUGAAGUGAAGCUCUAUAUCCCCAGAAGUCUUGGCAUUUAGUGCAUUUUAGCCCUGUUCCUGCUUCCUAUUCCAAGGCUGGGGAAAACCACCCCAAUAAAUGUGUGCUAUUCAAACCUCAUCACAUUGGAACAAUUAAUAUCAAAAUUCAGAGUCUGCACUGUGGUCGAUAAACACUUUGGCUCCAGUACAAGGUUUAAUUGUGCAAAAGAAAUAUAACUUGUCACGGAAUUUCUUUUUAAAAUAACAUGAGCUUCAUUUUACUAGGAUUGUUAGGUAUUGCUGAAAAUUACUAGCUCUUGCAGAUACUCAAGCAAUAGGGUAAUUGAAAGACUGUACAUUGAAACAUAAUCAUGGUAGUUGCAGUAAUGACAUUGCUGUGCACGGUUCGUGGGUGGCAUGGCGGACUUCCGUACACAAGUGCCAUUGAAGGGAGUAAAUUUAUGAGACUGUGAGUGUGCUCUGGAAUCAUUUGUCUUCACUUCAGUGACCAGUUGCUUUGGAGACUAUCCUGAAGGUUUGCAUAGAAAAACAAUAAUAAAGCAAUUUGGUUGCUACUUGAAAACUGAACCUAUGCUGAAUUCUAUAUCAUUACUAGGGAAGCACAACUUUCCUUUGCUGUUUUUGACAGAUUUGGUUAGAGCAGUAUAUCUUUUCUAAACACAGGCUCCUUUUCAAACUUGCACUAUCUUCUUAAUACCCCCACCCUCAGAACCAACAAAGAAUCUGUUCCAGACUUGACCUUACAUGAAUCCUUGCAUUUGCUACUGUGUGUGACUUGUUGGGAUGUGAUAAAUUUUAGACAUUUGGUUAUGAAGGCCAGCAGUGGCAUAAAACCAGGAAGAGGCUGGGAUGACAAACCAUGUAAAGGAAAAGUGAGAACAGACUCAGACCUCUAAGCCAGUCUUCCCAAAUCAUAUGAGGUUGAUGGAGCACCAAAGAUGUAGUCACUCCCAUGAAGUCAACAAGGAUCAUUGUGGAUGCUUUUCUAAGGACCUUCUUUACCUGUGGGAAGGAAAGCAGUUUCAGAAUUCAGCCCUGUCUCCCUCCAGGGGCCCAGCCACCUCACAGCUUUGCACCUAAAUGUAAAACUUUAUCUUCAUCCCUGUUCAAAGGCAUUUUAUUUCUUUUUGCCUGGCUCUCUAGACUGCUAUGGUCAGUUUGAAUUCUGAUGUUGUUUCCUGAUGCAUUAGUUACUUCCCAGUUUGAGCAUCUGCUCUAUACUUGCCAUGCGAGUUAUUCAUGAUAAUACUGAACAGCACUAGGCCUGAGAUGAAGCCUUCUGGCCUGCCACAUGUGUGUUUUCCCCUAAGUAUGAUGAUGGUUAGCACUCCUUGGGUUCAUUCUUGUCAACUGGUUGCCCAUUCAGUCAAUAGUAGAGGUAUCUAGCCACAUUUUUGAGCUUGUCCACAAAAAUAUUGUAAAACUUUCUUGAAAGCCAUGCUAAAAUCAAGCAUCCAAAGUACACCAGAUCUUCAGGUUACAAAACUUCCAGUUGUCUUGUUUAAGCUUCUUCCUACAAAGAUUUGUGAUACUAAAGCCAAGGGAGUAGCUUUAGGAGAAAAACUCUUGCCUAGGAGAAAACCUCAACACUGUCCCCCACUUGUUCCACAAGCUUACAUGCUGCACCUUGCCAUCUUAACUAGGCUUGUUACUUGAGCUUUUCACACUCACUGCAGCAACAACUAAGCACUCCAUUGAUUUCUCCCUCUCUUUUUCCCCUAAAAUUAUCCUGUAACUCUUCAGCACUGGCUCCUGCUAUUUACUCAGUAGUACCUCCGAUCUCCAUAGUCACAUGACCUUGGAGGUGUCUACGGACAGCGCUGACUCUUCGGUUUAGAAAUGGAGAUGAGCACCACUCGCCAGAGUUGGACACAACCUUUACCUUUAUCUUUUACCUCCCAGUUGGUCCAUGACUGCAGCUUGAAUCUUCUGUCUGUUACCUUAGCAUGCCCCUGGCAUAUCUUGUAGUAUCUUGUAGUAUCCAGUCUUCUAUUCUUCUUUUAAUGUUGCUAUUUCUAUACAGCAGAAGGAAGUGCCUUGAGUGGCACAGACAAAAUGAACCUCUCCUUGUCAUCUCCAGACAUGCUGCCCUUUGGAGGUGCACCAAUGCCAUCCCUCUGCCACAUUAUUCAGAAUUUUCUUUUCAAAGCAAUUUAGGGACAGUCUCAUGCUAAGUAUCUGGCUCAUUUUAAUAACCAAUUGAAAAUUCAUAUAUUUUCUUGGUGGUUUUUAAAAAGUAAUAUAGUUCUAUUAGAACUAAUAAUAAAGAAGUGAUCCUGGCUUGAUUGUAUUCAGACCUUGUUAUUCAGUAGUAUGCAAAUAAGCUUUAAAAGAAAUUGAACAAUUGGGGAAAGUGUCUUGUUUAUACAAACCACUUUAAAAUAAAUGACAUAUGCUUGGUGGUUGUAUUCUUUUCAUGACAUAUGAAACUUUAUUUAUAGCUUGCUCUAUCUCCCUGAUGGGACUCAGGGUGGCUCACAACAAAAUACACAAUGGCAAACAUUCAACUCCAACAAUAAUAUAUAAACAAAUCAACAGAUAAAUAAAAAACAACUUAAUAAACUAUAGAAUCAUAGAGUUGGAAGAGACCUCAUGGGCCAUCCAGUCCAACUCCCUGCCAAGCAGGAAAAUUGCAUUCAAAGCACCCCCAACAGAUGGCCAUCCAGCCUCUGUUUAAAAGCUUCCAAAGGAUCCUCCACCACUCCGGGGCAGAGGGUUCCACUGCUGAACAGCUCUCACAGUCAGGAAGUUCUUCCUAUGUUCAGAUGGAAUCUCCUUUCUUGUAGUUUGAAGUCAUUGUUCCGCAUCCUAGACUCCAGGGCAGCAGAAAACAAGCUUACUCCCUCCUCCCUAUUUAUACAUGGCUAUCAUUUCUCCUCUCAGCCUUUUCUUCUUCAAGCUAAACAUGUCCAGCUCUUUAAGCUGCUCCUCAUAGGACUUGUUCUCCAUACCCCUUUAUGUUAUAAACCAGCAUAAAUGAACAAGACAAAACAUAAAUGAACAACACAUGGAUGUUGAAUGCUAUAGAGGAGUUAGCAUCUGAAUUGGACACAAAAAAUGUGUAAAUGCCUCCUUCUGUUCCUUUCAGUCGAGUAAAGUGAAGCUCGCUGGUUUGGGAUAUGCUUCGUAAGUCACUAUUAAAGCCAGAUUUUCUCCAUCAUUCACAUUACUGUUGAAUCUGUAGAAACUGAUAAACUGGUAUAUCCUUUACCUAGUACUGUCAAGGUUAUAGUGCCAUUGGAUGUUCCAAAAGGGUUGCUUCCUUGGCACAUGAAUGCUCCAGAAUCAUUAACUCCCACUGAUAAUCAUCCACAUUCUUGCUUCUGCUUGUAAGAUUCACGUUGGUUUGAAAAAUCCAGUUCGCCCGCAGAGUGCUAUCUACAUCCCUGAUUGUGCACGUAACUUUAAAUUCUUCUUUAAAAAGCUGGUCGGCUUUGGAUAAGGUGAUGUUUGGAAGGGAUUUGCGAACUGGCCACACAAUAAGGGAGAUGGCUUCUGACUGUUUUUCCACUCUGUUGUGUUGUGCUACACCUUGGCAACAUCCCAAAAAUGAUAUUUGUAUAUUUUUAUGGUGAUUCCUUUCUGAGGGUCAGGUUUUAACAAAAUUCUCAGGUAGAGACUUGGCAUUUUUACAACUUUUCAGCAUGAAAUUUGAAAUCUCUGGAUCUGUCACUGGGCAUAAGAGCGUAACUGUCUUCAACUGAAAACAUGAUAGGUUUGUGAAAGAACAGAACCUUUGGAUCUUUAACAAAGAUAUAAAUAAAUAUAUAAAUGGAGUCAUUCAAGCCAUCUUUGUCCUUGAACAUAUAUGUCUGGUCCAACUGUACUUACGUAAAACUCCUGAGAUCUUGAAUGCUUGGACAUUGCAGAUCAGUCUGCAUUCUGGAUAUGCCAAGCCACAGGGCCAUCAACACUACAAAACAGCUUUAAUUCUUGCCCACUAUCCACAACUAAAGGGAAUCCUACUGGAGUGAUUGAAGGUCUUGUGCCAUCUGUUGCCGGGUAGCCCAGAAACACCACCAGCAAGACCACUUCUAUGGCUCAAGAGACUUUCAUGACGCCAACAGCAAGGGUCCCUCCUGACUGACCUCAAAAGCGAGGCAAGAAGUGCAUCUAAACUUCAAAUUUGUCUGCCAUUCCAUUAGGACCUCCCUGUUGAUCUUCAUUACUCCCUCUCUUUACCGCACAGAUACUUCAUUCAAGAGACUCAAUAUAAUUUGCCCUAAUUCAUAAAACGUUUUGCAGAUCACUUUAAUCAUUUUCUCUUAUCUCUUUAAACUUAUGCCAUCCUAUAUGCUCUUUUUGCAGGGAAAUUUCAAGUGACAGAAAUAUGGUCAAAAUCUGAGUAAAUACGAAUUGAAUAGGAUUGCUCUGGAAGUCAAUUUAAGAACAGAAUCCAUUUUGUGGUCCUCUGUGAAGACCAGCAUUAGAAAAAGUCUGGAGGCAUCUGACUUUCCUUUUAAAAAACUUGGCCGAGAGAUUCAACCUCUUUAUAUUUUCUAUCUUUGCAAACAUUUAUGUGGCCCAACACACAUCUUGAUGGCUAGAUAUUGCCAGAUAUAUAGCUAGAUAAUGUCGGGGUGGUUCUUUACCCCAUGGUGCCACCACCAGAGACCUGUUCUGUUGAGAAUUCAACAAAGGCACAGGGAAAAAUGCCAUAUUGUGUCAACAUGACAUGUGGGCAGCAACCUAUAUCAAAUUGUUAGUUUCAACUUAAGUAGACUCAUUGAAUUAAUAGGAACUUGGUAAAUUAACACACAAAUUCUAGUAUUUCAGUGGGUUUAAGGUGGAUGUUCGGGACCGUUAGAGGUGUUUCCAGCACUGGGUGUUGCCUCAUUACCAUCCUCGAUUGAGUGGUUUUUCCACUGAAACAAGAUGAGCACAGGCAGGCAGUUUACCAAAAAGUGGCAACAUAAUCUAUUGUGGCGAGAUCCUGUAGGAAGUGUAUUGCUUUGAAUAUGUUUCCAUCCAUAGUCCAGCCUAAAUCCAUUUGCUGGUUCAAAAUAGAGUGGACCCAUUGAAUCUUUGGGAAUCAAUAUGAGGCAGUUAAUUUGGCAUUAAAACUGGUGAUAGUCCCUAUUGCAUGACGCUGUGCCCAUCCCACUGCUGGGCUCAUCCUCCCCAUGAUUAACAUGUCACCCACUAUUGAUAGGCAAAACCCAUUAAAAGCUGACAAUCCCACAACUUUCCUGUUACCUACUUUGUGUGGAUCAUCCUCUCCCAUUACCCACCAUCUCCCAUGCUAGUCCUAAACUUUCUGUUUUGUACUUAUUUAAUAUUUCACUGCUUAUUUGCCCUUUUUUGUUUGUUAUAUAUGGCUGUAAUGUGAAAUUACUCUCUUAAAAAUAAAAAUAAUUGCUGCAGUGGAUGUGCAGCAAGGCAGAAUUAAGAGGGUAUGCGGAAGUAAGAUUGCAGGACAUUGGACUGAUGAAUCAGGCUAAUUGCAUAAAUGAAGAGAGGUGUGAUGUUGAAGGUGCUCUUCCUGGUAUGUUUCUAUCUAUGAAAGUGUGACUGCCUUGUAACAGUGGCACCAUGCAAUAAAGUCUUUACUGUUCUGACACUCCGCUUAGAGACUAACAACUGGAUGUAGGCCUUAGGUUGAAUUUUCACUGUGAAACAUGACCAUUUGCUGGUUUUUGGGGUGAGGGUGGGUGAACAUUUUCAGUUUGCUUUUUUGUAUAGCAGAAUGCUUUGAGGAAGAGUUGUGGUAAAGGCCUGUUUUGCAGCUUGUAUUCUUUUUUGGACUUUAAAAAGCAUAAGCCGUAUAGAGUUCAUAGUCCUACAAGCUGAAUAGCUAUCCAUCCAUUCAAAAAUAAAAGGGAAAAAGUCACUUGAAAAGAAUGACACCAUUGAGCCUUGUGGCAAUAUACUCUAGAUUUAGUGUGAAUCCAAUUUAGCUAUAUUAGCUUGGGUACAAAAUCAUGUUAGAAGAAGUUAUUCCAUAGCUUCCAUUCCCAUUUCUUCAGUAGCUCUUCCAUAUUCUGAUGAGUGUGAACCAAUGUGGUGUACUGGUUUGAACGUUGGGCUGUGAAUCAAGACCAUGGUUUGAAUCCCCGCCCAGCCAUGUUAACCUGUUGGGUGACCUUGGACAUUUCACACUCUCAGAGGAAGGCAAAAGCACCCUCCCCCAAAAAAACCCCAAACUUGCCAGGAAAAGCCCACAAUGAAGUUGCCUUGGGGUCUCCAUAAGUAUACAACAACCCUUGAGUACAAUGCUCUGUUUUAAAAUGGAGAAUGGCUACAAAGCUGUUCAGCCAAGCUGCAUCAACCUUCCUAGAAGGUAACUCCCAUUAUCCCACAGCCAUCAUAUAGAAGUUAUCCAGCAUGUUUUAAGGAUGCAGCAGUUACUGAGUGUUCAAGGUUCAUUUUGCCUUGGAGCCCAUCUUGAGGGGAAAGAUGGAGUAUAAACUCAAUAAAUUAAUGAAAUAUUGGGUCCCUAACACUUAUGCUGGAAGUGUGUGCUCUUUAAAAUAGCUCCCUUGUAAUUUGCCAAAUGAUCUGUGCCUUUGAAAACACAAUUUUUAAAAAAUCUUAAAACAUAUCUAGGUGCUUAUAUAACUGGAGCACUGGCUUUGCCUUGACUCCAGGACACUACAUUUUCCAAUGGGUGGCAAAAGAAAGUUGGACCUCAUGUUUAGAUAUCAAAAGGAUUUAAUGGUACUGCGCUGCCAGUAUAUAUGCCAUUAAUCUCAUGGAGACUUUUUUGCAAGUUUUCCAGGUAGAUUGCGCCCAUAGUCUUUUAUUCUUAACAUCAUAAGAAAAAGACUAAUGUGUGCAUGUUUCCCAAGUUUACAUAAUUAAAUUGGAAAAGAUGAACCUUAAACUGUUUCAGCUAAAUAGAAUUGCAUAUUUGUAGAAGUAUCUCCAAAACUGAUGUUUCCUUUUGAGUAGUUUUGGAAAAAGGGAUUGCAUCACGAUGAGGAGUAGCUUAAUUCUAAUUAAUUUGUGAUUACCAGAAUAGGAGACGGUGGCUACAUUUGUUGAUGACAUACUUAUUUAGAACAGCAUCAGAUUUGUUUGAAAUCUUUUGUCUUCCUGUUAAUAUAACCUGUUAAACCAGCUGGAUUUAGUUAACAUACUUUAGGUGAUCUACAGAGCAGAAGUGCACGAAUACUUAAGAACCAAUAGAUGGGCUAACAUGCUGCAUCUUGUACCCUGUUCUUUGUAGUUUCUGUGACUUACACAAUAUGAGAGUAACCAGCAUAGUACAUUAUUUGGAAUUUUCUGUUUGUUUUGGCGAGAGCCCCAUGAAGAGAAUGGGCAAGCCAGGUUUGUAACUGGUCUGUCCCAUUUCUCCUUCCUACCUCUUGGUAUAAACACUUGGUCAUCACUUGGAAUGAUAAUUAUGUGGGAUUAAAGUUAUAUUUCAUAAUUCACCAACGUUUGAAUAUCAGCAGCCCAGAAAACAUCUUGAGGUAGCAAAAUGAACUUUGUGUAGCUUAAUACUAUAUAUGUUUGUUCAGAAGUAAGUGCCACAGUGUUUAGUUGGAUCCCAACCUUGAGUGUGUACAUUUAGUCCCUGAACCCACCAGGGUUUUGAGUUUGCAAUUGCUUACAGAACCAUGUUGGUUCAUCCCCUUCAACUUCCGAUUAUAUACUAAUCCUACAAUUUACUUUUCAUGUUACAGUUGGAAUUGUUGUUACAAUUACUCAACUUUCUGAAUUAAGAAAAUGCCAAGCAGGCAACUGCGGGUGCUAUUAUAUAGGCAAUUUUGUUUUACAGAUUCCCUAUGACACUAAAUUGAGCUCAUCUUAGUUGUAUUCUUCUACUUGUUUCUGAUUUUUCUGUUUUUAUUCUUCUGUCUAUAUGAGAAUUUCACUAGAACAGCAGAUCUAUUUCACUGCACAUUUAGAGGUAACCAGAUCGGGAAAAGUUGCACAAAAAUGCCGAGAAGCCCAAGAAAGCAGGAUGGAGUGGGUAAAACAUUUAUCCAGGUUUGGGGGGAAUAGGACCAAUGGGGCCGGGGUGGUGGUGGGACGUGUUGGAACAUUGGUUUGGCUUGCGUGUAGAGCCAAGUUUAUAUAACAUUUGACUUAAAAGAUAAAUCUUAAGUGCAAUACAUGUACUUUGUAAUUCAAAACUGUGAAUGGUUAAGAAAGAGACACCUCAUUCCAACUAGAUCCUCCUCCCUUUCCUUUUUCCUUCCUGUCACUAAAACCUUGCAGUGACCAAUCUCUGUACCAUGUAAAUCCUGCCACCACGGCAACUGUGUUUUCAGGAGAUAUGCCAACCAAACACACUAUAACCUUACUUUUAGCCCCAAGGUAUUUUGUUUAUAAUGUGGAUUCCAAACAAGAUUUAGUCUCAUUUGAGGGUAUCUUUAUCUACUUCACACUCCCCAAAUAUCUCUUAUAGCAUAUUGUGACUGAUGGGGAACUAUUGUCAGAGAUACCCAGUUGGAGAGGAGGAAAGUGGGGCUGUUUCUCCUCCCACCUGGUAAUGGGCCGCCUUUGUAUCAGGAGGAUACAAGAAUAGAUUGUGAUAGAAGAAUGAUGUGCUAAUUCAAGGCUGAGCACUGCUUGCCCUACCACUGGACUGCAAUAGCCCUUCUAGCCUAAGUGGGAAGUUUUGUUUGUGUAACCAGCACCUCUUCUGGCUACUAGGGACCAGUGACGGACAAGAGGGUUGCUUCUCUAAGCUAACACAGGAACCAAUUUUUCUAGUUUUCUAUUGUGUUUGGAAAACGCAGCAACUUGCCCUUUGCUUCCAUUGCUCCAAUUUCUUGGAACAGGAUCUGUAACUUGAGUGUUUCAUUACAUGGACCGUCCUAUGUUCCCCUCUCAACCACAUUAUAUCUCUUUGAUUAGCAAGGAGUAAUUGCACUAGACAGUCAUUCUCUCCAUUGCUUUGUUGAAGAGAAUCAUUCCGAUGCUUUGUUUUAAUGUAGCCUUAAGAAUUACUACCUGCAAACUGUUUACGACUUCAGGGGUUUGUUGUAAUAGAACUAUACUGUUGCUAACAGUCAUCCCCUCUAUUCAUUCUUCUCUGCUAUACAAGAGCUGCAAUUAGCAAUUAUAUCAGGCGAAUAGAAUUAACAAGUAUACCAGGCAAAUAGAAUUAACAAGUAUACCAGGAGACUGUUGGAGCACUGCAGGGACGGUGCUACUAAUGCAAACUCACUGUUCGUUGUUUCCUCUUCCUUAGUGUUCUUUGAAAUCAUUAACAGUCUUUUGGGUAGAACUCGAUAAGCCUAAACGGGUUGAUCCUAUGGGAGUCAUUGAAAAAGACAGCCAACAAAAAGGUUUAUCAGGUUAUUCCAGAAAAAUGGUUGAAAAGGAGAAAAGUGUAGGAUUUGUUUAAUUAGUGGAGGUGUAUUAAACUAACAUUCCUUCAAGACAUAUUUACCAUCAUUUUCACAAGUCUAGAAUUUCAGUCGUUUUUCUUCCAAAACUGGUAACGACUUUUUAAAAAACAGAAGCUAAAUGUUUCAAAACCUGAACUGUAUUUCUAUUUCACAGGGAAGUUUGUUUUCAGCUUUCCAUUAGAUGGAUCACUGCAGCUUUUUUUUUCCCGCUUCGAAAUAUUUCCUUCUCCAUAACUGUUCACCAUAAAUGUUUAUUCAACUCAGUUUCAGUUGUUUCUAUCCCCUGGUAUCUCCUUUAGCCUGUAUUCUCUUCAUUUGUAUUUUGAAGCAUUUUCUCUCAUGUAAAUUUGUACAGUGGGAAAUAUUGUCCAGUUUGGUUUAGAAAGCAUGGAGACAUAAAGUUUGAUAGCUAAAAAUUGAGAUUGAAGAAUUAUUUGUGUAAAGUUAUUUAAAGAACUCUGUAUUAUAUAAAAGGUUUAAAAGUUCUAUGUAUUUGAUGUGAAUACUGCUAUAAUAAAGAUUGACUGCAUGGAGAACAGUC